CUAGUCAAUGGAGUCAAGCGGUCAGGGAGAACGAGGCCAUAACAUAUUUAAACUGUAUUUUCUCUUAAAAUAACAACCGCGAGGAGAUAAAGGCUAUUUUGAAAAGAAUGGUUGUCAGAGAGUAGUUACACCCCAAAUAGGUGGCACUUCCGCCGACGACGGGCUGUGACAACAUAACGGCCUAUAUGUGGGCUAAUUAGCUAACCUGUUAGCUAGCGACUUUUUUUUUUUUUUAUCGUUCACAAAAUCAGCAGUGCGGCUUUUUAUUUCGUUUUCGUUAUCUCAUCUGAUCCACUUCUGUUAAGAAGACAUUUCCUCUCAACAAUGGCGGAACAGGGUCCAGUUGUCGCACAGCAGAAUUUGGACAGGAGCUGCUGGGUGUGCUUCGCCACAGAUGAGGAUGACCGCACAGCAGAGUGGGUUCGACCGUGUCGAUGCCGUGGCUCGACGAAGUGGGUUCACCAGUCCUGCCUGCAGCGCUGGGUGGAUGAAAAACAGCGAGGCAACAGCACGGCGAGGGUUGCUUGUCCACAGUGCAAUGCUGAAUAUCUCAUCGUCUUUCCAAAACUAGGUCCUGUGGUUUAUGUGCUGGAUCUGGCCGACAGGCUCAUUUCCAAAGCCGGGCCUUUCGCUGCAGCAGGCAUCAUGGUGGGCUCCAUCUACUGGACCGCCGUCACCUACGGAGCCGUCACUGUCAUGCAGGUGGUGGGCCAUAAGGAGGGCCUGGACGUCAUGGAGCGGGCAGACCCACUCUUCCUGCUCAUUGGCCUGCCCACCAUCCCCGUCAUGCUGAUCUUGGGGAAGAUGAUUCGCUGGGAGGACUACGUCCUUCGUCUGUGGAGGAAAUACUCAAACAAACUGCAGAUCUUUGACAAAAUCUUCCCAGGUAUCGGCUGCCCGGUGCCCCGUAUCCCCGCCGAGGCCAGCCCGCUGGCCGACCACGUGUCCGCCACACGGAUCCUGUGCGGCGCCCUGGUCUUCCCCACCAUCGCCACCAUCGUCGGGAAGCUCAUGUUCAGCAGCGUCAACUCCAAUCUCCAGCGGACCAUUCUGGGAGGCAUCGCCUUUGUGGCCAUCAAAGGGGCGUUUAAGGUCUACUUCAAACAGCAGCAGUACCUGAGGCAAGCCCACCGUAAGAUCCUCAACUUCCCCGAGCAGGAAGAGGCGUGAGGCGAUGAACUGAGCGCCGUCAUCCUCUCCGCAUCGCCCACUCCACUCAAAACUGCCCACUCGGCUGUUCCUGCAGCCGACAUCCACGCAGGGAUCCCACCGACACCGCCGUCGCUGCUUUCUGUGUGGGGACGUUGGAUAACAGACAAUCUGGAGCAUGCUUGCAGUCGGUGUGCAGCUUCCACCACACGGCUAAUACCUACUGCUAACUUACUGUGUUUUAAAUGAAUACAGGGCAUGUAAUCAGAACAUUUAAGUAUAUUAAUAAACAAUUGUUUUAUGUUUGAUUUGCAAACCUCCUCUGUGCCCAUGUUAAUGAGAUGAGUGUGCAGCAGAUUAACGAGUAAAUGAAUGAAAAUCAAGUUACCAGAAAGCAUUUAGAGAAACGUUCAUCACUUUGACACAAAAUCAUCAGACAGAGGAGUGGUGAUAUAGAAACAUUUUAGUUGAGACGUUUCAGUGUUUAUUGAUCUGGUAGCUUUGCUCCAAUGGAAACGUCUCCGUUUGGACUUUACUGGAGGAAAACAUCCGUCUGGAUUCAUAUUUCAGAGACUGUCUGUUCUGUUGUAGUUCAGGUCUGUUUCAACCCUCUUAGCUUCCGCCUCAAGCUUUAUAUGUUUCAUCAGAUAGGCGGCCUACGGGUUAGAGCAUGGCGCUUGGAAUCCUGAGGUUGAGUUCAAAAUCCACUCCGGGUCUCUUUGCAAAACCCUUAACCCCACACUGCUCCCUAAGAGCAGGCGUCCCCAACCUCGGUCCUCGAGGGCUGCUGUCCUGCAGGUUUUAGAGGUUUCCCUGCUUUAG